CUUAUUUCCCCUUUUUUCUUUUUUCUGAAUCAGAUCCUUGCUUAUAGAAUUUGCUGGGUGUGAUGCACCAGAACUUUUCAAAAGGAAACUUGCAGAUAUGCUCCAAAAGUCGCUGUCCAUAACAAUCCGAGGGACCUCACGUGAUGUAUUUGAUGUACGACCUCUUGGACAAUUUCUGCCCCCAAGUUUAAAAAAAUUGAAGUUACAGCAAACAGAUGCACGCCUCUUUGUCUUGUGGUUAGAUGCAGUCAGGAAAAUCCCUCUGUUCAACUUGCGAAGCUUGUGUCUUGUCUUGUACCUUAUAUCAGAUGAUCUUCUCAUCACAGUUAUGCAUUCUCUUCCUCAUUUGGUAGAGCUGGAUCUUGAAGACAGACCUUUUACAUUGUCAUCGGUAGGGGACUUGACCAACAUUGGACUACAGGCUCUGAAGUUCUGCGAGUGUUUAAUUGCCCUCUCAAUUGUUCGAAGUAAAAUGAAUUGUCCUGCUUCAUUUACAAGAGUGGACAAUAAAGGCAUGUUCCAUGUUUCUGAAGGUUGUAAAAGGUUGGAAUCAGUGAAACUUGGUGGGUUUGCAAAGGUUACUGAAGCUGGAUAUUCGUCAAUUCUGUACUCAUGCCGGAAUCUGAAGAAAUAUGAAGUGUUGACUUCACCUCUAUUAUCAGACUCGGUGAUUGAUAUGACAGGAGUUUCAAGGUCCGUAGUUGAAUUAAGGUUGUCAUCAUGCAGUCUUCUAACUCGUGAAGCUUUGGAGCAUUUGUCCUCGUUUCGUAAGUUGGAGGUACUUGAC